CCUUGCUCCAAAUAAUUAACGUGCUUAGUCCAAAUCGCAAUCUUAGUUGGUACGCUACUUGAAAAAAAACAAGAUAUGGGCUCUAGUCAAAGUAAUUAUAAGUCUGAUAUCAGAAUGCCUUUGGUUGAGAGACUUUGCUCUCUUACGCUCACGAGAUUGGUUGUAACGAGGCCUCUCGGUUCUGAUAUAUCUUCAAUAACAGUUUCUGUUAAAAUGCAGGGAACAAAACGUGUAUUGCGUUCAAAUGAAAUCCAUCUUCAACCGAACGGUCUUCUUGAAACAGAUUUGGAGCUUAACUUCUGCAUUCAGUAUCCACAUUUUUUGAAAAGAGAAGGAAACAAAUUACAAAUCAUGCUCCAGAGACGUAAGAAAUAUAAGAACAGAACGAUUCUAGGUUAUAAGACUAUAGCAACCGGAAUGAUCAACAUGAGUUUAGUAUUGCAGAAGCAAAUUGACAUCGAAUUAGAUCUCCUGUCCGAAGACAAAGAAUCCAAAGGAAAUUUAUGUGCGCGUAUUCUAGUCCAUGGGCUGAAUAGCCAGCCAGUCGAUUCCGAUCUGACAUCCAAGCAACCAUUAACAGCGCAAAUUGGACGGUUGGAAAACUUCUCUGAAGACGACGAAGACUAUACCAGCAAUGAAGAAGCCUCAGACUCUGAGCCUAUUGUCAAUCAACACAGACAUAAAAAUAACGUACCCCCAACUACUGCAAGGCAACGAAACCUCAAACAAAAGUUUAUAUCCCUUCUUAAGAAAUUCAGGCUCAAUGAAGACCUUCACCACUUAGACCAUGAGCAAAGUAAACUCGCAGGAGGGGAUAUGGACCCGGCAGACAUAGAAGAUCUAAUCGAUGAACUGGAGCUUAGUGAUUCAGGACCAGAGUUGGAUACUGUAAGCAUCAUCUCGACUCCGAAGCCAUCCCUAAGGCCGUUCUUUUCAUCCAGCAAAUCACUUUUGAACAUAAAUGAACCGACACUGAACGUCCCAGAAAAAGGCUUUGAAAGGCUUAGUGACGAAAGCUCAAAGAGGGCGGAUUCGGAUUCACAUCCAGAUAGCGAUCCUCCUCUUAGCACAAGUUCACCCCCAAAAUUUGAAUCGUUUCGAAAGGACAUGGCUGAAAAAGAGAAGAAAAGUCGAUUUUUAUACAGAGACAAGAGCACGUCUUUAAAGAAGAAACCUUCUGUCUCAUCGGGUAGCCAAAAUAUACAUCCCGUUGGAGGAUUCGAAAACCCUGAUAUGCCAACAAGCUCUGAUUUACCUGAGCAGAAACAAAUUAUGUUGGAGCAAAUAUCCCAGCUGUUGCCCAACGAUGAGUGGCUCCCAGAGCAUGUGUUCAUCGUCAACACGUACGACCAUCUGGGAAAACUCGUCGCUUCUAACUUAUUGGACCAGAACUACAAAGUAAUAUCAACUACUGCUCCAGGGGAAGUUAGAAUAUUCAUUGCAUUUUUGAUUAACAAAAUUCAAGCGUUUUGUAACAACAAUUCAAAACCGCCUGCUGUACUUAAACUAAUUUUGGUCGGAGCUGACAGUUUCUUGAAUUGCAUUCUACGCAACUACGUUGAGCUGCUUUCCACCAAGCCACCGGAUUGGCAAGGAUACAUGAGAUUUUUGAUUGUACCAUUAGGUAUAAGUACAGUGAGCAGAUAUCUCGGCACUUUAGAUGCUGUUUACAACAAGUCAUUUGUAUCAGAAACAUGGCAGGACGCUAUAGAAAAGGAGGAUACGGACGAAGUUGUCAGUCGAAUACAAAGGUACAUGCAACAGUCAAACGCAACUGUCCAUUUGCCAAUAGCAGAAGCUAUGCUGACAUGCCGAGAAAGAUCCUCUGCUGAUGACUCGUCCCAGAUAUUUAUUCCAUUUGUCAGUGAUGUUCGGUUGGGUUCAGACGAAUUCAUGAGUGGAGCAUCCCUUGAGAUUGACGAUAUGGGUUUGUGUUUGGCACCAUCUGGAUCACCUCCAACAGGAGUGCACUCAGAUAGGAAAGUCUCACCGCCAAGUUCACCCAACAUGAACAUUUUAAUGACAUCGCACAAGGACAGCACUGAAACACUGGAGCUUCAAGUCGACUAUUGGCUAUCUCCGAAUCGUCAAUGCGAAAGCAGGCCUGAUAGUGGAACAAAGGGAAAGCCUGAAAAUACAAAGUCUACAAUAAAGUCAGCUUUCCGCUCACUUCACGUUCUAAGAUUGGGCAAUAUAGGGGAGCUUCCGUCUUCACACUUCACUAUCAACUAUUCGACAAAAGAAAAAAAUAGAAAAAUCAUGAGACUUGGAAAACGCAAAGAAAAAGAUAGGGAGGAACAAAAGAACGGAUUCAUCGAUGGUGUAUUAAGAUUGAUAUGUUCACCAAAGGCACACAAUUUGCCUUUAAAACUUUCAAUCGAUGGCGCUGAAUGGAACGGUGUUAAAUUUUUCCAACUAACGUCCCAAUGGCAAACACACAUCAGGCUCUUUCCAGUUCUCUUGUUCACAUGCGUCGAUGGGUUUCCUUUAUAGUGCAAAGUAUCAAGAUUUGCCUUUUUCAAGGACAGUAUGAUCUCAAAAUAUUACAAAAAGAAGAAAUCCUAAAUUAAAACAUUUGCUAGGUUUCAUAAUAUUUUAAGGUUUUUUUAAAAAUAAUUGUUUGUUUUUCUGUGAUUUUUUUUCUUAUCCAUUAAAACGAUUUAAUAGUUUUAGUAAUAUGAGUAUUUGUGCCAUUAUAAUGGAUCGUAUUGAGUUUUAAAACAAACAAUCUGGCAUUUUUUUCAUAUAGUUUUUUUUCUUUUUUUUAAUAUUUGUGACUAUGACAAUUUGGAUUUAACAAUAUUACUGGAAAUGAGCAUUAAAUUUUGUCCAGUAGAAUUAAACAAUUUUUUAGUGUAAAAUGUGCAAUAAAUUCAUUUUUUUAAAGAAACAAGUUCACUUGAAAGCAGGGCUUAGUUUAGAAAAAGGUACCAAAUUGAGUAAGAAUGAUGUGAGAAAAUACCAGAACUGUAUACAAUUGAAAUUAAAUCUAAAAAAAAAAU